AUGACUGUAGGACUACGCAAGGUAAAGCCCUAUCUAUAUGUAUACCAAACAUAUGCCAAACAACGAUGGCUUGGAAUGACCGUCUUUGAAGUAUUUUCAAAAGAGUUUCAUGAUCGUCCAGCAGAAGUCUAUCGACAGGCUAUUCUCAAAGGCAGGAUUAAAAUCAACGGAAAAGCUGUUCCAUUAGACUAUGUAAUCCGGAAUUCAGAUCUAGUCGAAAAUACUGUCCAUCGCCACGAGCCAGUGAUCACUGACACUCCGAUUGAGAUAGUCCACCAGUCUGAUUCUGUGUUGGUAGUGAACAAACCCAGCUCGAUUCCGGUUCAUCCAACAGGUCGAUAUCGUUACAACACUGUUAUACAUCUCCUCGAAUAUGAAAACAAGAUGAAUGAUUUAUUUUUGGUGAAUCGUAUCGAUAGAUUGACAUCUGGACUGGUUUUGAUUGCUCGAGAUAAAAACAAGGCGGCAUAUAUGAUGCAAGAGAUGCGUGAACGUCGGAUUCACAAGACUUACCUUGCUCGUGUUAAAGGCGAGUUUCCUGCUGAUGCAAUCGAGUGCCAUGAACCCAUUGAAACAGUCGAGUUUAAAGUGGGUGUGAAUAUUGUUUCACCAACUGGAAAACCUUGUUCCACACUGUUUAAAAGACUGAGCUAUAAUGGCUUGACAAGUGUCGUUCAGUGCGAGCCAUUAACAGGUAGGACACAUCAAAUCCGCGUACAUUUGCAGUUUCUUGGACAUCCAAUUGCCAACGAUCCAAUCUAUGGAUGUUCAGAGUGGGGUAAAGAUAUGGGAAAAGGCGGAUUAGAUCCAAAAGCAGUGGCUAUGACAGCCAAUCGUGUAACAGCAGCUGUAUUUCCUAGCGAACAGGAGCUGGUGGAUCAUGACAAUGUUGAUGAUGCAGAUGCAGAUCCGAUUGCAAACUGUGUAGAGUGUCGACUCAAACGCAGCGACCCAAUUCCUGAGCAGUUGGUGAUUUGGUUGCAUAGCUGGAAAUACAAGGGAGACUCUGGAUGGGAUUUUGAGACUUCAAUGCCAGAUUGGGCCCAUGAAUCGUAUCAAGGUGAUCAACAACUGGUAGACCGGUUUUGGGCACAUGGUGGAUUAUGGGAUGGAAAAGCGCCUGGACAUUUCAUUGAUUAG